AUGGCGCUUCCCGCCUGCGGCUUUGCCGUCUAUGCUGACAAAGGUGGCCAACUGCCAUUGGCGAUUGAGCGCCGUGCCAAAGGCAAACGUGUGACCAUCAUCAAUGGCGUGAAAGGCAACGCACGUGCCUUGUGCCAGUCUCUCACAAGUCUCCUUGGAGUUGGUGGCACAGUUCAUAGCAAAGGACAGUUUUUUGAUGUCGAAGUUCAAGGUGAACAAACCGAACGAGUUUCUUCAGCCUUGAGACAAUUGGCUUGUGUUCGUGGACCAGGUGGUGUCAAGUUAAAAGAACCUGCGGUGGUUGAGCGUGGCUGCGCCUACGAUGAAUUUCUGCGGCAAGAGGAAGCCCCUAACGGUCGUCGGAAGGAGCGAUGGGAAGCAGGACCACGGGAGGCACCUGAACCACCGGAGAAUGCUCCGUGUCGGGCCUGGCAUGGUUAUUGGAUCUACUGCAACGGGCACUGUGAGGAAUUGGACAACAGCCCCGUGUGGGACGACAGCGAAGAAGUUUGUGUCAAAACGGAGUCCAUAGCACCUCUGUCCUCUGCGCAACUGGAUCUGGUGCUCAAACGUUUGGGUCUCAUGGCGGCAGUUGGGCCUGCAAUCGAGUCAUAUCGAUUAGAACUGCAAGCCGCACGUGAAGAGCGUGCUCAACCUAAGGCGUCGUUCUGUGCAGUGCAGCCUCCGAAAGAGACGACGCUCCUUACGUGUGCUGAGUGCGGUGCUUCAUUUACCAUGCGUCGGACAUUGGAGCUACACAAGCGACAGCACCUGAAUGCAUUGAAUGCACCGAGUUCUCUGAGCUCAAGCGGCAUAGAAGUUCCUGCUUGGCGCUGGGAUUCGAUGAGCCAAGCUCGACAGGAGGCAGAUUUCCUAUCUGAAUCUUUGCCCGAAAGAAACACAGCAUUGACAUCUGUGAAUGAUUUGGUGAAUGAUUUGGAUGAGUUUCUCUCCCCAGAAGAAGCACAGUAUUUGGUGCCCGAGACCUCUAAAUACACCUUGGGCUCCCUGCUUGAACAUGCUGUGCCCGUGUCGCGGAACCGCCGCAAGAAAGGGGCCCCCCGCGCAGCCACGUACCGGGCUUGCCCUGUCUGUGACGUGGAGUUUCCGGAAUCGAUCUUAGAACAACACGUGGAGGAAUGUCUCACAAACAGCCAACCGCAGACUGCAGUGUCUGAAAAACUGGAGAUCAAUGGGACGGAUAUGACGGAUGUUCUUCCUGAGGAGCUCCUGGAAUCGUUGCUUCAAAUGCAGCUACCGCCUGAAGCUUCCGAUGUUUUUUGGAGCGCCUACGAAUUUCAUCGGGAACGACUUCAGGGAGUUCAAGAGGCCUUUUUGACCGCCUUGGAAGAAGCGCUCAGCUGGAUCCCAGCAAAGGCCUCGGCUUCGGGAUGCUAUGGAGAUCAUGAUCUCCUUGAGCCGAAGUCUGACCUGGACUCACCGGCUUCGGAUACACCAGGGCGUCCGAGCGCAGCGAGCGCAGCGAGCGCAGCGAGCGCAGUGGUGACGUGCCCUGUGUGCAACUUGGAUUUUCCGCCCUCGACCAUCGAAGAGCACGUGGAUCAGUGCCUCGGAGCAGCUGCUUCCGCAGCUUCCGCAGCUUCCGCGGCGCCUGGCGAAGGCUACGAGUCCUACGAGGCCCUGCCCGAGGCGCGAACGAAUCGCUGGGCGCGGCGAACGGGGCGAACGGAGGACGCCGAGGCGUUGGCGGUGAAGAAAGGCGUGGAGAAAGACGAGGGACCGCAGAAAGCGCAGCGAGUCCCGCCAAGCCCCGAACAUCGCUGCGCCAAUGUCUCAGAUCCCCAAGAGAGUGCGCAGGACAAAAUCAACCGCCUGAAGCAAGAAGCCAAGGCGCGCAAGACCAAGACCGUCCGCUAG